AUGGCUUCUGGUGAGGUCUUGGACUUCGUUAGAGGAAAGAAACUUGAAGAUGGCCUUCUUAAGAAACUGAAGCCAACGCUCAUGUCAGUUAAUGCAGUGUUGGAUGAUGCUGAAAAUAAGCAGAUUACCAACCCAAAUGUCAGGAACUGGAUCGAUGAGUUCAAAGAUGCUGUUUACGAUGCGGAGGACCUCCUAGACGAGAUCGCUAUUGAAGCUCUUCGAAGCAGGAUGGAAUCCGAGGACCAAACUAGUACUGUAAAGCAGGUGAGUCGCUUUUUCUCUUCUCUCAAUCCUUUCAAAGAAGGAAUGGAGUCAAAGCUGGAGGAGAUCCAUGUGAGAUUAGAAUCUCUAGUCAACCAAAAAGAAAUCCUCGGUUUGAAAUAAUUUAGAGGAGAAAAGGUAUUUCAAAGAUCCCCUGCAACUUCUUUGGUGGAUGAACCAGGUGUUUAUGGCAGAGAUGACGAAAAAGAAGAAAUAAUGAAGUUGUUACACCCAGAAAAUACGACUGAAAAUCAGAUGGAUGUGAUUCCCAUAGUGGGUAUGGGCGGGGUUGGUAAAACCACCCUUUCACAAUUGAUCUACAAUGACAAGAGAGUGGAGGAUUGGUUUGACCUUAAAGCAUGGGUGUGUGUUUCAGAAGAAUUUGAUGCUUUCAGGGUAACUAAAACUCUUCUUGAUGAGAUCAGUUCUAGUGGUGAUGCUUUUCAUAACCUAAACCAGCUUCAACUUAAACUAAAGGAGAAGCUGUUGGGAAAGAAGUUUCUAUUUGUUUUAGACGAUGUUUGGCAUAAGAGAUAUGUUGACUGGGAAGAAUUGAAAAGUCCUUUCACUUCUGGCGCAAAGAACAGCAAGAUUAUUUUAACAACACGUGAUGAAGACGUUGCAUCAAUCAUGAGGAAUGUUCCGACUUAUCAUCUUAAUAUCUUAUCUGAAGAUGAUUGUUGGCGAUUGUUCUCAAAACAUGCAUUUGUCAAUACAAGCCCAAGCAUGCAUCCAAAUUUGAAGGUAAUCGGUAAAGAAAUUGCCAAGAGAUGCAACGGCCUUCCUUUGGCUGCAAAAACACUUGGAGGUCUUCUGCGUGGUAAACUGGAUGCUGAUGAAUGGGAUAAAAUAUUGCACAGCAAUUUGUGGCACGUACCGGAUGAAGCAGGUACUAUUCUUCCGGUAUUAGGAUUAAGUUAUUAUUAUCUUCCCUCACAUUUGAAGCGUUGCUUUGCAUAUUGUUCAAUUUUUCCUAAAGACUAUGAAUUCAAAAAGGAAGAGCUCAUUCAAUUAUGGAUAGCUGAAGGUCUUUUACAGUGUUCCAAAGAAAAUGGCAAUGCGGAAGAACGAGGUAACGAGUACUUCAAAGACUUAAUGUUGAGGUCCUUUUUUCAACAAUUAAGUGGGGAUAAAUCUUGCUUUGUCAUGCAUGAUCUAAUCAGUGACUUGGCUAAAUCUAUAUCAGGAGAAUUCUUUUGCAAAUUGGAAGAUAAUGGUGGUUCAUGUGAAAUAACUAAAAAGACUCGUCAUUUGUCCAAUGUGCAAGAAAGUAAUGAUGUGCUUAAGAAAUUUGAGACAUUAUCCAAAGCAAAAAGUUUACGAACAUUCUUAACUUUAGAGUCAUCUUCAUGGUCUUGUUAUGUUACCAGCCACAUAUUAGUGCUUUCUUUGACUAAAUAUCAUAAUAUCAAUGAGUUGCCAGAAGAAAUUGAUAAUUUGAAGCAGUUACGUUAUUUGGAUCUCUCGAAUACUUUAAUUAAAUGUUUGCCCAACUCUUUGAGCACAUUGUACUAUUGUACAUUAAUAUUGUUUCGAUGCUUCUGCCUUAUUGAGUUGCCCAAAGACAUAAGAAGAUUGAUCAACUUUCACCAUCUCAAUAUUCAGGAAACAAAGUUACUAAUGAUGCCACAAGGAAUGGGCAAAUUGAAAGACCUUCGGACAUUAACAGAUUUCGUUUUAGGCAAGCAAAAUUGUUCAAGCAUUAACGAGUUGGGAAAGCUGGAGCAUCUAUGUGGAGGACUUGCCAUUUCAGGUUUGCAAAAUAUUGUCUGUGCAAUGGAUGCCAAAGAUGCCAAUUUGAAGGGUAAGAUGAAACUUAAGAAGUUGGAGUCGAUAUGGAGUGAGGAUGAUCUUAUUGAUGAUGAUACAAAGCAUGAUAGAGAAGUACUUGAACAACUGGAGCCUCAUACAAACUUGGAGCAUCUUGUCAUUAGGUUUUAUAGAGGUACAAGAUUUCCAUUUCCAGAAUGGGUGGGGCAUUCUUCAUUCUCAAAUGUAGUAUCUGUGGAGUUAUGUGAUUGCAGAUACUGCAUCUUCUUGCCACCGCUUGGGCAACUAUCAUCUUUGAAAUCUCUCUUAAUUAAAGGGCUUGAGGGAGUCGUGACAGUCGGUGAUGAGUUCUAUGGGCACUGUGAUUCUUCGAGUAAACCGUUUGGAUCUCUUGAAUUUCUAAGCUUUGAGGAUAUGCCAGAGUGGGAAGAAUGGUUUUGUUCCAGAGAUGAAGCUUUCUGUCUUCUCCAAGAGUUAUACAUUAAAAAUUGUCCAAAGCUAACCAAGUUUCUGCCCAAGCACCUCCCUUUAUUAAGGAAGCUUGAGAUUAGAAAUUGUGAGAAGCUUGGAGACAUGCUUCCAAGGACACCAAGCAUUUGCCAACUAGAGUUAGAGGGAUGUGAUGGAUUGCAAUUGAAGCCUUGCCUUGUGGGCUUCGAAGGCUGGGAAUUUACAAUUCGAACAUAAAUGAUUCCAUAUUGGAGACGAUGAUGCAACACUGUACUUGUCUUGAAGAGUUAAUUAUGUGGGAUUGUUCUAAUAUCAGUUCCCUUCCCGAAGGUAGUCUGCCUAUCACGCUAAAGCAUUUGAACAUCCAAAGGUGUAGUGUCUUGGAUUAUUCCAAAAUCUUCUUGUUUACAUUUCUUGAAUCUUUGUACAUAAUAGGCGGGUGUCAUCCACUGGAGUCCUUUGCAUUAGGAUCAUUCCCUAUGCUAAAUGGUGUUUCUAUUUGGGAUUGUGAAAACUUGAAGUGGAUUGGUGCAUUAGACGGGCCUCAUCACCAGCUUCUCGCAUGUCUCAAUUUUUUGUAUAUCAAUGGUUGCCAUAAUUUGAUAUC